AUGAGUGCCUACAUCCACCCGCCACAAGAGCCCAUCGCCAUCAUUGGCAGUGGCUGCAGGUUUCCAGGUGAUGCUACUUCCCCUUCCAAACUCUGGGAACUCCUCUCCCAGCCCAGAGAUGUCUCGAAGCGUGUACCCGAGCGGUCUUUCAACCCUGACGGCUUCUACCAUCCCAAUGGCGAGCAUCACGGCGCCAGUAAUGUCGCCAAAUCCUACUUCAUUGAGGAGGACCCGAGGUUGUUUGACUCAGUCUUCUUCAACAUCAGCCCCAGGGAGGCCGAGGCCAUCGACCCUCAGCAGCGGCUGCUGCUUGAGACUGUGUAUGAGGCGAUGGAGUCGUCUGGCCUGACGCUCAAGCAGCUACAGGGAAGUCUGACCUCGGCAUUCGUGGGUAUCAUGACGAACGACUACACAGAUACACAUGCCAGGGACACAGAGUUCUUCUCCCAGUACCAAGCAACCGGCACUUCCCGCGCCUUGUCCUCCAACCGUCUCUCUUACUUCUUCGACUGGAAAGGCCCGUCCAUGACCGUUGACACGGCCUGCUCCUCGAGUCUCGCUGCCAUUCACCUCGCCCUGCAGAGCCUGCGCAGCGGCGAGAGCACCAUCGCCUGCGCCGCCGGCGCCAACCUGCUCCUCGGGCCGGACCUGUUCAUCGGCGCGACCAGCCUGCACAUGAUCUCGCCCUCGGGGCGGUCGCAGAUGUGGGACGCCGGGGCGGACGGGUACGCCCGUGGAGAAGGAAUCGCUGCGGUGUUUCUCAAGACGUUGUCCCAGGCGCUCAGGGAUGGGGACAGGAUCGACAUGCUGAUUCGUGAGACCGGUGUCAACUCGGAUGGCAGGACAAAGGGGAUCACGCUGCCCAGUCCGGAGGCGCAGGCAACGCUCAUCAGGAGCACUUACAAGAGGGCCGGCCUUGACUUGUUGUCCCCGCUGCAUAGGCCGCAGUAUUUCGAGGCUCAUGGAACUGGCACUCAGGCUGGCGACCCAAGAGAGGCUUCUGCCAUCAAGGCAGCGUUUUUCCCAGAGGAGAGGCCGGGAGAAAAAAUAUUUGUCGGCUCAAUCAAGACGGUCAUUGGACAUACAGAAGGAUGUGCCGGUAUCGCUGGUGUCCUGAAAGCCAUGCUCGCCAUGCAGAAUCGCACCGUACCGCCGAACCAGCACCUGAAACUGCUCAACCCCAAGGUCGAGGAAUCAUAUGCGAACCUGCAAGUGCCUCAGGAAGCCCUGCCAUGGCCAGACGUUGCAAAGGGCCACCCUCUGCGGGCCAGUGUCAACAGCUUCGGCUUCGGCGGCACCAAUGCCCACGCGAUCCUCGAGUCGUACGUGCCGGAGCUUCACAACUAUGGACCGUGGGGUCUGGAGAAAGCCGGCCUGUCCGUCCUACCCAAGAGCUUGAGCCCACCUUCAGAGAAGGCCCGAUCAGCAUUUACUCCGUUCCCGCUCGUGUUAUCUGCCAACUCGGAGAAGGCUUUACUCCAGAUAGUGUCUCACUAUGCGGAACUGCUGCGGUCUAGCACUCCUGAUACACUUGACCUUCUUCGCCUUGCCUGGACACUUCAGAAGAAGAGAACUAUUCUGCCCUACAAGAUUACCUUUUCUGGCACUUCGACCAAGGAGAUCAUUGCAGACAUGCAGAAGAAGCUUGCCCAGGCCAGAGAAGCACCAGGCAAGUCCUUUGGGCAGCGCGCCACUGCGACGCAGUUCAGCCGCGACAGCCCGCCUCGCAUCCUGGGAGUUUUCACCGGCCAAGGGGCGCAGUGGCCUCAGAUGGGCCGGCAUCUGAUCCUCCAGUCAGAGACAUUCCGAAGUGACAUCCGCGCCCUGGAGGAGUCGCUCCGACUCCUACCCGAUGCUCCAUCGUGGUCGCUCGAGCAAGAACUUUCGGCGGGCCCAGAGUCCUCUCGCCUCAGUGAAGCAGCCCUAUCCCAGCCCCUAUGCACCGCAGUACAAGUCGCCCUGUGCAACCUUCUAGAUCGUGCGGGGAUACGUUUCCACACGGUCGUGGGCCACUCAUCGGGCGAGAUCGGCGCCGCCUACGCCGCGGGUCGGAUCUCUGCGACCGAUGCCAUACGCAUCGCGUACUACCGCGGGGUGCACGCGAUCCACGCAGGUGGCUCUUCCGGCCAGAAGGGCUCCAUGAUUGCGGUGGGAUUUGGUAUCGACGAAGCCAAAAUAUUCUGCAGCUCCGCGGUAAUGAAGGGCCGGCUGACCGUCGCCGCGAGCAACUCGCCCAGCGGUGUGACCCUGUCUGGUGACGAAGACGCCGUGAAGGAGGCAAAGGCACUGCUUGACGAGAGGGGCCUAUUCAACCGUGUUCUACAGGUGGACACAGCUUACCACUCGCAUCACAUGGCUCCCUGUGCGGAUGUUUACGUUCAGUCGCUGCUCGCGUGUGGCAUCGAGGUCCAACCUGUCAAGAAUGAGCGGAACUGCACGUGGGUGUCCAGCGUGCACGGCUCAUCGCGGACCCCUGGCAAUGAAGAGCUGAAGGCCACGUACUGGCGCGACAACAUGGUUCAGACCGUGCUCUUUUCCCAGGCGGUUGAUGAAGCACUCGACCUUCUCGAGCCAUUCGACUUUGCCAUUGAGGUCGGCCCACAUCCUGCGCUCCGCGGGCCAGCGUUGCAGACCAUCAAGGCCAAGCUUGGCCGUGACAUUCCGUACUCGGGCGUGCUAGACCGCAAGAAGAACGACGUGACUGCGUUCUCCGACUUUCUCAGCUCCAUCUGGAUGACGCUCGGCCCCGAGGUUGCAGACCUGGCCGGCUACACCUCUGCCUUCGUCCCAGACUUCACACCGCCAGCGCCCCUGGCUGAUCUGCCAACCUACCCGUGGCAGCACGAGACCAUCCUGUGGCGCGAGUCGAGGCUCAACAAGCAGUACCGCCUACGCACGUCUCCUCCCCAUGAGCUCCUUGGCGUCCGCACACCGGAUGAUACACCGCACGAGAUGCGUUGGCGGAACCUGCUCAAGCUCGACGAGCUGGCCUGGCUUAGCGAGCACCGGAUCCAGGGACAGAUCAUCGUCCCCGGUGCGGCGUACUGCAUCAUGGCUCUCGAGGCCGGCAAAGUCCUCGCCAAGAGCCACGGGAUGGCGGAACAGGCGGUCGCGGUCGAGCUACGGGACUUGAGCAUUGAGAAGCCCAUCGCCCUCGAUGAUGCAUCCGAGGCAACGGAGACGUUAUUUUCGCUGCGGGAGACCGACAGCGGUGCCUCGCUGGCAGACAAGACCGCCACUGGGAUGUCCGAGCACGUCAUAUCUGCGCAGUUUGUUCUCAGCGCCGGCACCGUCGAGGACGGAGUCAUGCGGAGGGUGUGCCGUGGCGAAGUGCUCAUCUUCGCAGCUGCUGGCACGCCGUCAAGCACCAUCCCGGCAGGACAACAGCACUACGCGCAGCGCCAGGACCUGCGCCACAUGAGUGUCGACAGAUUCUAUCGCUCCCUCGAUACUGUCGGGCUCGAGUACUCCGGUGCCUUCCGGGGUCUGAUCUAUGCUGAGCGCGGCCUCGACACUGCGUCAGGGGUGAUUGCACGGCGGCACGACACCGAGGCGGGCAACAAUUCUCUCCCCGUGCACCCAACCUGGCUGGACGUGAGCUUCCAGGCCCUCUUUGCGGCCCUGUCUGCGCCAGGAGAUAAGAGCAUGUGGACGGCCUUUGUGCCCAGCUUCAUCCGCAAGAUCCGCUUCGCCCCGCGUGCGGGCGUGAUCGAAGAAGGGGCUUCGCCGAGCUACUACGUCGACGCGCACCUGACGGGGUCGCAGCGGCCGUCUGGGGCCAGCCUCGCGACCAUCACGGGCGAUGUGUGCGUGUAUAAUGGCACAUCCGGCGCGCUGGAGGUGCUGGUCGAGGAUGUUACGAUGACUGCGCUGCUGCCCUCCAACGCGAGGGACGAUCGCCAGCUGUACAUGCGGACCGUAUGGCGACGGGACAUCAAUGACGGUCUGGAUGUUGUCACUGACGCUGAUGUGCCGCCUCAGUUUCCAGUGCAGAGUGUCGAAUAUGAACAAGACCUGGCAAACGCUUGUGAGACUGUUCUUCACGACUACCUCGUUCGACUGGAGACUCUUGCGGCUGUGAGCAGCGGUCACAAGGACAUACUGAAAGCUAUCAGCAGAGCUGUUGCUGCUGUCCAGCAACUCAGACAUACCGCAGUCUCCCAUAAGCGGACCGUUGACCUCCUGAAGUCCACGUACGCUAAUUCCAGUGAGAUGCAGCUGGUCGUUACGCUUAGUGAUGCCCUUGCCAGAAUUCUCCAGGGGCAUAUCAUCAGCAAGACCGCAAUCGAGGCAGUCAAGACGCUCUGGGUGCAGCACUUGCACGACCUCGCACGGGACCACAACCACGUCGGGCAGGUUCGACAGAUUGCAGCACAAAUCUCGCACAAGCACCCGCACAUGCGCGUCCUGCAGGUUGGAGUCCCAGCCAAUGUGCAUCCUGCAGAGAUCAUCGCCGAGAUUGGGCAGGGAUUCUCGGCUUACACCAUCAUCUUGGCGAAGGAUGAUUCCGCAUCAGGAGAUAUUGUCAAAGACCUGGAAGCACUGGCUGCCCGAGACUCACGAAUCGAGCUUGUCACUCUCGACGGUGACGCCACUGCCUCGAAGUCCCUGGCAGGCCGAUCAUUUGAUGUGGUUCUGCACGGGUAUCAGAGUUUCGUACCCACCUCACCUUCAUCGCCGGAUGAUUGCAGAACGAUGCUGGUACCUGGUGGCUAUCUCAUCAUGAGCGGUCUGAACCCGGAUCACAAGAUCCACCAGUUCGUGGCGCACGGCAUGGAAUUCUUAUUUCAGAACAAUAAGUCCCAUGUGGAGAGGGAGCCGAAGAACCAAUUGCUCGAAGGUCUGCGUACUCCGGUUCAGCUAGAUGAGGUGCUUCGCCAAGAAAGGUUCAGCGGGAUCGAUGCGCUUCUCCCCAACAAUGGCACCAACCGUCAGACGACUUCGAGGAGUAGCUACACCGUCCUGUCCCAAGCUACAGACACUACAAUCGACGUCCUCCGCGCUCCCACGGAAGCUGACAACCUGUCCCACUUCCUUGGUCAUGGCACCAGAGUCGCAAUCAUCGGCGGCAUAGGUCUCGCCACCUCCAAGCUCGUCAGCAAACUGCGGCUGCUCCUGAAGAUGCUGGAGAUUGACGUGGCCAUUGCGCACAGUCUUGCAGUGUUUGAUGUGGACAGGUACAGCGACAUUGACGCAGUCAUCAGCCUAGCUGACCUUGACGCACCGAUCCUGGACAACCUAGGCGAGGUCGGACUCAAGACGCUGCAGCACAUAGCCGACAGCAUGAAAACGGUCCUGUGGAUCACUAGGGGCGGUCUGACCGGUGACAGUCCGGAGCAGAGCGCGACAGCCGGACUGUGGCGAUCGAUCACGAGCGAGAACGCACAGCUCGCGUUCCAGCUGGUGGAUUUUGACAUCACAAGCCCGGUAGAUGAGAGGGUUAUUGUCGAUUGUUUCCUGCGGCUUAGAGUGCUAGGGAGUGUCACCGAGCUGCAGGACAAUUCUUCUCGUCUUCUCUGGCCUCGCGAGACGGAAAUCGUAGUCAGCGAGGGGAAGGUCAUGGUUCCCCGGGUCGUGCCUGACGACGAGCGCAAUGGAAGGCACAACUCACAGCGCAGAGUCGUUGACACUGCGGCAUUAUCUGGCAGUCCCCAACGGCAGACCCCACGGAUCAAGGUGGCCUCGUCUCCAGCCGCGGAGCUUGAUGUCGUGUACAGCUCCAGUGAUCCAGUGGUGGCGCUCGACGGUGCUGGUGCGCGGCUGCAGCUUGUUAUCGGACGUGGUGUAUCCGACUCGUCACUAGUGGGAGCCGCUCUUGUUCCUGCCAAUGAUAUGAGCCCUUCCCAGGACAAUGUGGUGCUUGGUGCAGCAAGAUUCGAAGCAAUCACAGACUCCAGAUGGGCUGCCGAUAAGCUUGACCUUCGCUGGCUUACAUCCGCCAUGGUCAUCAGGCUCCGGGCUUUGGCAAUCGUAGCCAAAUUGCCCAACAGGAAGACGUCGGUCAUUCUCGGUGCUACUCAACCUCUUAUACGUGCUAUUCAGGACACGCUUGUUGAACAAGCGCGUAGCAAGAAAUCUGUUCUUGCCCGGGUAGUCGUGGUCCAUCCGGAAUCAUCAACAAGGCUGGUUCGCACGGAGUUGCCCUGGCAGACUGAGUGUGUAUUUGACUUGUCCUCAGAGACAGAGACUCCCUUGGACUUUUCUCUCUCGAGGAGUAUCAACUGGUGGUGUCAGAAAGUCAAGCUUGCCAUCGAUGGGGAUGGUGAUGCCCUGCGAGUAUGCCUGUCAUCGACCGAUUCUGGGCUUGGCGACUUGUUGGCACAAACCGUCAGUUAUGCCACAGUCAACCUGACCCGACUCCAAGGGGGUGGUGAGGACGCCACCAACUCGAUAAUAUCAUCUCCUGCUGUUUCAGAUCCUCCCAAGCGCAUCAAUACUAUUGUCGAUUGGACCGCCAUGACCAAGCAACAGGUUCAGCCAGCUGUGCCACUCUUACCAGUCAAGCCCCUUUCUGCGAGUGGGCUGUUCUCCGGCGACAAGACAUACCUCCUUUUUGGCCUCACUGGUCAGAUCGGCCGCUCCAUUACCGAGUACAUCAUCCGCAACGGCGGCAGGUACAUCAUCCUCGCGAGUCGCCGCCCAGUAGUCAACCCAACAUGGCAAGCCUCCCUCCUCCGCAGGUACGACGCACAUGUAUCAUUCGAAGCCGUUGACAUCACCUCCAUGGCCGCGUUGGAAUCCCUGCGCAAGAAAGUGGAAUCAGAUCUGCCACCUGUAGGCGGCGUCAUGAACGGCGCCAUGAUCCUCGCCGACGGAUUGUUCCGGAGCAUCACGCUGGACAAGCUGGACCGUGUGCUGCGCCCAAAGAUGCUCGGGUCGAGGAACCUGGACGCCGUGUUUGGCGAGGCGCCGGCGGUGGCCGAGCUCGACUUCUUUGUAAUGUUCUCUUCGUUGAGCGCGGUAAUUGGGAUGCCCGGGCAGAGCAACUAUGCUGCUGCUAAUAUGUAUAUGGUUGGUCUCGCUGCACAGCGCCGUAAACGACAUCUUGUUGCUUCGGUCGUCGAUCUCGGCAUGAUCGUCGGCCUGGGAUACAUCUCUCGCGCCGAGGGCGAUGAGGGCAGCGGGGCGGUCGAGAGCGCGCUGCGGCGGCAGAACUACAUGCCUGUUGGCGAGCGGGAUCUGCAUGAGAUCUUGACUGAAGCCAUUGCUGCUAGUGGUAGGCUAAAAGAGCAGCGGGAUGUUACAGGAUUUGAACAAGGUGAGAUCAUCACCGGCCUAGCGCCGUACCGGAGCCGGGAGUCCGCGUCGUCGGACGGUGCGGCGCCGCCUGUGUGGGUGCACGAGCCGAAAUUCUCCCACCUGGUGGUUCAGGAUGCCGCUGAGAGUGGAGCCGGCGGCGCUGGUGAGGGCAAGAAGACCCUGAAGGUUGAGAUUGCAGCUGCCUCAUCGACUGAAGAAGUCGUGGAGAUUGUGCAGCGGUACUUCAUGGCCCAAAUGGGCCUCAAUGUCCCCAUCAUCGACUUUGGCAUUGACUCCCUGGUUGCAGUCGAGCUCCGGUCCUGGUUCUCCCUCGAGACCGGACAGGAUGUGCCUGUCCUCAAGAUUCUAGGAGGCGCGACCGUUCAGCAGCUAUGCACCAUCGCUGCUACAAACAUCCCUCUCAGCAAGACGUCGGCAGAUGCUCAAACUGGCCAGCCCGCGACGGAACGUCCAAAGGAACAGACCCAAAUCCCACCCAAUGGUCAAGUCGACGCAGACCCGAUUCCCCGGAUCGUCCUGCCAGGCCAUGUUGAGGUACCGCAAGUGCUCUCUGUACAGCCGACGCCGGCUGAGACGUUUAACGAACAUUUGGCCGGCAACAAAGAAGUCGCAGUAAUCCGGAGUGGGCCAUUGUCCGCGGGCCAGGCGCGCUUCUACCUCCCCUCGCUGUACCUCGAAGACAGGUCGCCGUUCAACUGCACCACUUCUUAUCAGAUCACUGGACCCAUCGAUGUAACGCGCCUUGUCCAGGCGUUGAAGCACGUCGUCCAGCGCCAUGAGAUCCUCAGGACGGUAUUCACCACGGACAAGGCCACUGGUCAGGGGAUGCAGUCUGUUCUUGAGACGAACGGGACAUUUGAGCCGAAAGUUCGAGUGAUCGCAGUUGGACGGGAGGACAGCGGGGAGAAUGAGAAUGCAGUCAUCACGGCCGAGUUUGACAAGAUGCACCGUCAUGUGUUCGACCUUGAAACGGGCGAUACACUGAGAGCAACCAUUUUAUCCCACGAGACGGCCAGCACCAAGAAGGCUGACAAGCACACCCUCAUCUUCGGCUACCACCACAUUGUCAUGGACGGCGUAAGCUGGCAGUCCUUCCUGGCAGAUCUGGCCGAGUGCUACAAGCACGGCUCCUCGGCCCACCAGCUUCCAGCCGUGCCCUCUGGAGCGCAGUAUCUCGACUUCUCCGUCGCCCAGGCUAGCAACAUCCUCCCCGUUCCUUCAGCGGCAUACCAGGAACGCCUGGAUUACUGGAAGUCCGAAUUUCCCCAGGGCGUACCGCCGCCCAUGACACUCCUCCCCUUUGCUAGCACGCGCACCCGGAAGCUCGUGACCGAGUACAAGACGCGUACGAUCGUGACACACGUCGAGCCAGACGUCGUCGCGCGGAUUAGAAAGGUCGCGCAGACGCUCCGGGUCACGGCCUUUCACUUUUGGUUGGGCGCUUUCCAGACGAUGCUGGCUCGACUGUUGCAAGACCAGGAAGAGGAGGAGAAUGAGGGGGAGGACGGGCCAGUCCAAGCAAUGCAUCGAGACAUGUGCAUCGGCAUCGUGGACGCGAACAGGUCAGAUCAGACGUUUGCCAAGACGAUAGGCUAUCUCCUCGAGGUGCUCCCCGUCAAGUUUACUGUUGACAGGGAGCAGAGGUUUAGCACACUGCUGCAGAAUGUGCGCAGCAAGGCGUACGGCGCGCUGGCCCGCAGCGGCGUGCCCCUCGAGGAAAUCGUGCGAGCGGUUAGCAGCAGCAGUAGCGGCAACGACGGUGAAAAUGGUGGUUCUGCCGCGGGAGCAACGCCGUUCUUCCAAGUCGUCUUCAACUACCGCAUGGGCGCAACGAAAGCCCCCGACCUCGUCGGAGAUGAUAACACAGCCACCACGGCCAAGAUGGACCUGCUCGACUACGCCGACGCCACGACGCCGUUCGACCUGUCCGUGUCUCUGGAUGAGAAGGACGACGGGUCGGCGAUGGUGACAUUUGCAAUGCUCGACUACCUGUAUGAUGGCGCAGCAGCGGACGCCAUGGUGGGCAGCUACAAGUACAUGGUUGACGUGCUCUCGCGGCAGCCGUCGAUGGUUAUCGGGGAUGUGCCCCUUUUCUCAGAUGCCAUGGUACAGGAGGCGGUUGUUGCCGGCACCGGGGCGUCUCUUCCCACCACCGGAGAAAACCUCGCAACGGUAUCAAGACGCAUCGCACGCUGGGCUGAGCGCGAUCCGCACGCCAUCGCGGUCAAGGACAGCUCCGGCACGCCGCGGUCAUACCUCGAGGUCUCGCAGCGCGCCGACGUCAUCGCGGCAGCCCUGUCACGUACUGCCGCCUCAUCCUCCUCAGCAGCCACGCCAAUUGGACCCGGAAGCCUGAUCUGCGUGCUGACCGAGCCCAGCGCCGACACGGUGAGCUGCAUCCUCGCGAUCCUGCGUCUUGGCGCCGCCUAUGUGCCCCUGGACGUGCGCAACGCCGACGAGCGACUGGCGGAUGUUCUCGACGAGUCCGGCGCGCGGAUCGUCGUGUUCCACAACCAGACCAGGGAGCGGGCCAUGAAGCUCCCACGAGACAAGCAAGGUGUACGGUUCCUCAACCUGUCCAUACUCGACAACGAACACGAUAAGGCAGAUACAACCGCCAAGGCGAGCCACGGAGACCUUUCCCGCCCUGAAGAUACGGCUUUUGUCCUCUACACGUCCGGGUCGACGGGCAAGCCCAAGGGCAUCGCACUGACAAACGCCAACAUGGCUACCCAGAACGCCUCGGUCACGCAGCACCUGGACAUCGGCCGCGAGAUCGUGCUCCAGCAGAGCGGCCUCGGCUUCGACGCGUCGCUGUGCCAGAUAUUCAUGUGUCUGUGCAACGGCGGGACGCUGGUCAUGGGGGACAAUCGGAACCAGGACCCCGCGGAGCUUGCCGCGCUCGUGGCCCGCGAGGGAGUCACCUUUACGAUCUGCAUGAUGAGCGAGAUGGCAGCCAUGUUGCGCCACGGCCAGGAGCUCCUCAAGACGUGUACAGGCUGGCGGCUGGCCAUGUGUGCCGGCGAGGCGUUCCCGCCCCGGCUGGCGGAGGACUUUGCAGCCCUGGAGCUGCCCGGUCUGCAAGUUGUCAAUGCGUAUGGGCCGACUGAAGGGACGAUCAUGGCGACGAUCGAGAAGGUGGAAUAUCGUGAGAUGGCAAGGAAUAAGAGUGAGAGAGUGUUGAUUGGAGAGGUCAUCCCCGAGUAUGGCGUCUACAUUAUCGACAGGGCUGGGAACCCGCUGCCUCGCGGGCAUGCGGGCGAGAUUGCAUUAGCCGGACCAGGCGUUGCUCGGGGCUACCUCCACAACCCCAAGCUUACGACCGAUAAGUUCAUGCCUGAUACCUUCUCCCAUGUGGCGGUGGCCCAGCCCGGCGGCAAGGCCUCGCGCAGAGAAGGCUGGGACCGCGUGUACCGCACCGGCGACAAGGGAAGGCUUGUCGAGGGCAACAAGUUCCUGCAUCUCGGCCGUAUGGACGGCGACAGCCAGGUCAAGCUGCGCGGGAUCCGGAUCGAGCUGCAGGACAUCCGGCACGGACUACUUGUCACUUCGAAGGGGGUGUUGGCCGACGCGGCGAUUGUGCUGCGAAGCACUGGCACACAGGGUAACGAGUACCUCGCUGCGUUUGUGGUCUUUGCCAACGAUGAGGACAAGGGAGCCAGCGGUGAUAAACAGGCUUACCUUCGUGACCUUCUCCGCCAGCUCCCGCUGCCGCCAUACAUGCGACCUGCUGUGGCUGUACCUCUUGAAGGACUGCCCGUCACAGGCCGCGGGAAACUCGACACCAAGCUGCUGUCGACCAUGCCGCUCGAAACGCACGAUCUCACUGGCUCCUCGACAGAGGAAGAGAUCCUCACCGAGACAGAGCAGCGCCUUCGGGAGGUGUGGCAGCAAGUACUCACGGACGCGGGUGUGGCCAAAGAGAUCAUGGCCAUCAAGAAGGACUCGGACUUCUUCUCUGUGGGAGGCAACUCGCUGCUUCUCAUGCAGCUGCGCGUGCAGAUCCGCCGGGCGUUUGAGGGGGUGGACAUCCCGCUCAUCCAGCUGUUCCAGAGCAGUAGCCUUGCAGCGCUGGCUGCACGUAUCGCUGGGACUGCAGAAGGUCAUCACAAGGUGGACGUGAUUGACUGGGAGAAGGAGACACAGCUUGACGAAGAUGUCAAGCCCAUUCUUCACGACGUCACUGCCCAUAGCUCGACUGGAAUAGACGCCAGUGUGACUCGUCAGUCAGAGUCUAGACGGGUAGGCGUCCUGCUUACUGGGGCAACAGGUUUCUUGGGCAGCGCCCUCCUCUCCCGCCUCGCGGCUGAUCCUCGCGUCUCCCGAAUCCACUGUGUCGCUGUCCGCGGCGACCCUUCCCGGCUUACGUCCUUGCUACCGCCGUCCUCGAUCUCCAAGAUCAUCCCGUACGAAGGCGACCUCAGCCUCCCUCGUCUGGGCAUGACCACCUCCGAAGUCGCCUCCAUGAUGGCCGACAUCGACGUCGUGAUCCACAACGGCGCCACGGUAUCACAUCUCAAGAGCUACCAAACCUUGAAAGCAGCAAACCUGGGCUCGACCAAGGAGCUCGUGAGACUUGUCGCGCAGGCCCACGCUCAGCAUCAGCAGGGAGGCGUCACGAGGCACAACAAGAUACCCAUCCACUACAUCUCCACCGGCGGGAUCGCGCGGCUGUCCGGCCUCGAACAUCAGCCCGAGGCUUCCCUAGCCGCGCAUCCGCCACCCGUAGACGGGACAGACGGCUAUGUGGCAACCAAAUGGGCAAGCGAGCGGCUCCUGGAGCUUCUACACACGGCAGCACUUUCGACUUCGUCUUCUGGUGGGUGGCCUAUCACGAUCCACAGGCCGAGCAGCAUUACAAGCCGUGCCGACAUGUCCUCCGUGCCGGCCUCGGACAUCACACACAACGCGCUGCGGUACUCGAGGGUGCUGAGGGCCGUGCCGGAUUUCAGUGGCGCCAAGGGGGCCUUUGAUUUUAUUGAUGUGGAGACGAUCGUCACGAACAUUGUAGACGAUAUAUUCAGCGCUGGGGGCGCGGACAAUGGCGUCGUAUACAGACAUCAGAGCGGGGAGAUGGUCGUCCCCGCGGACGGGCUCGGAGGGUACCUCGAGCAGCUGGAUCGCGAGGACAGGGUCGAGGUAGAGGAAGGGGGCAGAAAAGGAUACGCGGUGCAUAAGAUAGACGAGUGGGUCAAGCUUGCCGUCGAGGCCGGGAUGGAUCCGCUGGUUGGGAGUUUCCUUGCUGCCACGGAAGGGAGGUUAGACAUGCCGCUUCUCGUCAAGGAGGAGAAGGUGUGA